AUGAAACGACCUGUGAAUCUGAAAACCACCAUAAAUGAAGAGCUUGAAUCCGCCGAUAAAGAAGGGAGGCUACCAAUUGCGGAAGUUAAAGAGUGGUUGAAAGAUGUCGAAGAAAUCCAGAUCAAAGUGAAUUUGAUAGAGGAAGAAGUCACAUCAAAUGAAGAAAAUCUACGUGGGUGUGGGCUAAAUUGUUGUAUGCGAUAUAGAUUGAGCAAAGAAGCGGUGGAAAAGCUCGUGGAUGUGAAAGAAGCUAUAGAUUCAGCUAAUUUUCCAAUGGGGAUGGUGGUGAGGAAUCCCAGAGCACGGGCAGUUGAGGAGAUCCCGGUUGCACCAAUCAUGGGUCAGAGAGCGGCACUUGAUACACUAGAAUGGAUUUUGGAGCUUGUGGUGGAUGAACGAGUCGGAUAUAUUGGGAUAUGGGGUAUGGGAGGAGUAGGCAAGACUACUCUAGUAAAAAACUUGAACAACAUGCUUGAAUGCUCUUCCUCAGCUCAAGCUUUUGAUGUUAUCAUAUGGGUGACGGUAUCAAAGGACUCCAACAUGAAGAGGGUUCAAUCGCAGGUCGCUAAAAGAUUGAACGUGAGGAUGAGAAGGGGAGAAACCAUACAGGAACUUGCUAUUCGGUUGUUCGCAGAAUUGAAGGGGAAGAAAUUCCUCUUGAUUCUCGAUGAUGUCUGGGAGAAAAUCGAUCUGGAUGCAUUGGGUAUACCACAUGGGGAAGGUCACAAAGGUUUUAAGAUCAUAUUGACCACUCGAUCUCUUGAUGUGUGUAGGGGGAUGAAGACGGAUAAAGACAUCAGGGUGGAAGUUCUUAGCGACGAAGAAGCUUGGACGUUGUUUUGCCAAAAUGCAGGAGACAUGACUGAUUUGGUCAGGGUAGGAGAUCUUGCAAGAGCUGUUGCUAGAGAAUGUAGUGGUUUGCCACUGGCGAUCAUCACUGUAGGGAGGGCUAUGAGGGGGAAGACGAGGAUCAAGUUGUGGAAGCAUGCUUUGGAAGAACUGUGA